GCCUGACUAAACUUAUUCCUUACUUAGGUCUUAUUCCCUCCUUCUACAAAAAAUAUUAAAUUAUGUUUUGUCAGAAAAUAUUGCCAGGAAUCUAUGUAAAUUCCAUUAAAUUUUUAAAUUAUAAUCAUAAUUAUUCGCACUUGAGUUACAUUUAUAAGUUUGUUUGAAAAUAAGUAAGUAUAUAAAUACUUGCACAAAUUUUUAAAUUUUAAUUUGAUCUCAAAUUUUAUAACAUAAAGUUUAAGAUAUUAUAUCUAAAAUAACAGCAACUUCCAAAAGCACAAAAUGGUUGUCCCGAACACGAAUCCAAAAAAGUACUCUUGCCCAAAUUGUAGUACCAAACUUGCGUCUGCGGGUAUACUAAAGCGCCACGUGGCAACUGUCCACUCGGACGAUAAGCCGUUCCCCUGUGACACGUGCAACUAUCGAAGUAAGACGGAAGAAACUUUGAAAAUGCAUAAAUACCUGGUGCACACAAACGUGCGUCAAUUUGUGUGUGACAAGUGUGAUAAACGUUUUAAAACCCGCCAGGCGUUAAAGCUACACACGAGAAGCCGACAUACCGAAAGGGAGCGAAAUUUUAGAUGUGACAAGUGCGAUACGUCAUUUCAAGAACUUUCCCACCUUAAAGUUCACCAUAUCCGAGUUCACGACAAAAAAGUUUCAAGUCACCCAUGUGAAUUAUGCGGGAAAACUUUUAAAUCCAUAUAUUACAAGAAUGAUCACCUACGUAAUCAUCUCGGCGAAUUGGAAAAAUUCCCUUGCCCCCAUCCAGGCUGCCAGCAUCAAGCAAAAACCCUGCAGAAUUUCAGUACCCACGCACAAUCUCACCUUGCCCCCUCCGUCCGCGACAAAUUUCCUUGUCCCCAUUGCGACAAAGUGUUCCUUGUCCGGGUCAGCCUAAAAUCUCAUUUGGAAAUGCACAAGAACGGGUCCCGGUUUAAAUGUGACUUUCCCGCCUGUGGAGCUACACUCUUGACGCGGGCUGUAUUAAAAUCGCACGCCCGAACUCAUACAAAUGAACGCCCCCACGCAUGUCCCCACUGUUCCAUGAACUUUCUUCAAGCGGGAAAUAUGAGACGACACAUUCGUACCAAGCACAUGGAUGACAGUGUAUCCCGCAUCUUCAAGUGCCCCUUGUGUCCCGCCAAGUUUAAAACGGGGGAAGACCGAAACCGCCAUGAAAAGACGCAUUUAGACGAAUCCAAGCGGAAAACAUUGGCAUGUCCCCACUGUCCGGAAACUUUCGUGCAUGUGGCCACGUUUAAAAGCCAUGUGCAACGAUUUCACACAUUGCCCCAGGAUCGGGAACGUUUCCCAUGCGAAUUCUCCAAUUGCAACGCCAUCUUUGCAACGAAGCAGGGGAUGCGGGUCCAUUUUAGGAGGAGGCAUACCACACGCGAGAGGAAAUUUAAGUGUUACUUCUGCCCAAAAGAUUUUGUUUCUUGGCAAUAUUUGACCGGCCACGUGCGUGUGCAUACGAACGAGAAGCCAUACAGUUGUGCGCAAUGCGCGGAGACGUUUAAAGGUACUGGGUUAAAGCAUCAGCAUUUGAGGCUUCAUCACACCACGCGCAAAAGACUGCAGUGCCCCCACUGUGAGAACACGUAUUUGCUAAGGACAAACUUGGAGACGCAUAUUACUCAAAGUCACGAUCCUGAUUUAGUCCGUUGUGGCUUAUGCAAGCUUAGCCUACCGUCGCGGAAGAAACUAGAAAAUCAUAUCCGAGCCGAACACACGAAGGAGAAUCCGUACCCUUGUAAAAUCUGUAGAGUGGAAACUGCGUCCUACAAAUUGCUAAAGAGACACGUUAUACAAAACCACAAAAACACACUCCCACAUUUUAAGUGCGGACAAUGUCCGCAAACCUCGAUUUCUCGGGUUGACAUAAAAAUCAUGAGGAAACGCAUAACCCUGAUCGGACUAGAUAUCCCUGUCCCACGUGCGCAACAACAUAUGCGACCAUACGUGCCUUAAGGGAUCACGUGAACGCCGUGCAUGCAAAUGUUUUUAAAUAUUCCUGCUACUUUUGCCCUGCCAAGUAUCGAUUGAGUGAUGGCUAUCAGACUCAUGUGAGAAAAAUGCAUACCAAGGAAAUUCCACAUCAGUGUAAGUUAUGCAGUUUCAAAUCUGUUAAUCACGGCACGCUCAACGGACACGUGCGAUUUGUUCAUCGUGAAGCAACCAGUUGUUACUUUUGUAGAAAAAUGUGUUCUGAUAUGGAAACGCAUAUGACCAUUCACACCACCGAGCUGCAUUUUGGGUGCGGACUUUGUCCUAAAUCGUUCAGGUUACAAGGAGUUAGGCGUACACAUAGGAAAAAGUAUCACGUGUAAUGUGACGUAAUUUUAAAUCUUUAAUUUUAGCAAUGAAUAUUUAGUAAUUAGGAUUACGAUUAGUUAAAUUUAAAUUGUUGUUGUAUAUUUUGAUAGUGUAGCUCAAACAUAUUUAGUAAGCAAAAACUACACGUUAUUUAUCAUAAUUAUGUAAUUCUGAUAAACAUACAUAUGUAUAUAAUUAAUAUAUAUGAAUUAAUUAAAUUAUUUAUGUAUUUAUACAUCUCUUUAAUGAAUAUUUAUGUAGAAGUUUAAACAUGCAAAUAGUAUUUUUUACGAAAUUGUAAGUAUUUAAAUAUUGGUUUCCAAGCUAAUCGGCAUACUCAUAAUGUUUUCCUUUGAAAAUUUACGAAGGUCAAAAUAUAGACAUUUUUUCCAUGAGGCAAUUCACAACAGUAUGGUUGUGUAAACCCAUAAAAAAAUCAAGCUAAAUAUCCCAUUUUGAUUUAGGAUCCAUUGAUACAGAUAUUUGUCCGCAGUUUCCACAGAUACAUUGAAUAACGCGUGCUAGAGGUGAAGAGUCUAUGAAGUAAAAAUGUGCUCAGUUCACGGGUAAUUUUUCGACUAAAAAUCUGUCUUUCGGGGAAAGUUAUGUAUAAUCGGAUACGUUCUUAAAUUAUACAUCGCUGAAAUGCGAUUUUAUGCACAGUUUCUCGACUAAUACGGCAUUUUUGAGGAAACUUUUGUUCUCCCAAUGUUAGAAAUAUUUGAUGAUAUUAGAAAUGUACACACCAAUGUAUGAAUAGGAACGACUUGUUCAUUCCUCGCUAUGAUUUUAACCAAUUUCCGGGAUUUUUUUGUACACUUUAUAUAAAAGUUGGGUCAAAUUUUAAUACUCAAGAUUGAGUAAAAAAAGAUUGUGACAUAAGAAUUGGGUAAGAUUUGUCCAACCGUUGUACAAAUUUGGACACGACUAGGGCUGCCAAAUCCGUUUCCAAUUUUCAAAUCCGGAUUUCGGAUUAUCCGCUUUCGCCUGAACC